CUCAGCCUGAAUGCCUCACAGACACAGACACAACCAGUUUAAUCCAUUUCUCUGCUGAUCCCAGCCUCAAAAGAUGUCAGACAACCAAAUGCUGAUUUGUGGAGGUAUGUGUGGGGGUCCUUCCGAGCCAAUUGAUGCAGAUGACAAAGUUCAAAAGAUCGCUGACAGUAUGAAGCCCCAUGCAGAGCAAAAAGCAGGAAGGAGCUAUGAUGUUUUCACAGCCAAGACCUAUAGGACGCAGCCUGUGGCAGGAACCAACUACUUCAUUAAGGUCCAUGUGGGGGGAGAUGAACAUAUUCACCUCCGUGUUUGGGAAAAACUCCCAUGUUAUGGAGGAGAGCUUGAACUGACUGAUAUGCAGCACAGCAAGAGCCAGCAUGACCCUAUUGAGUACUUCUAAUGGGAUCACAAACCAAGCCAAGCAUCUCAUCAGAGCCUACAGGCUGCACUCUCAUUUUAAUCAGCUACAUUACACAAUGUCACCCAUUCCUACCAUGUAAUAACAUACUGUAUAUGUAAUGUAGAUCAUGAUGAGAGGAGUUUAUCCAAGGUGAAUAAAAAAAGAUGAUUGAAUUAA